UCUCUCUAGAGGCCUUCCUCUCCCUUCAGGCACCGAGCCUCUUGGAUCUAUCGGCUGGUCCAUGUAGAUCGAUUGCUUGAAAGAAAAAAAUAACCCCUUAUUUUCUAGGGCUUUUUCUCUGGGAAUCCUACUAGGAGAAAAAAUGGAGGACAUCUUCUUUGAUUUCAUGGACUUCAUGAAGAAGCCAUCAGUCAUCGAAACGCUCCUUGACAUUUUGCUGUGCGCAGUACCGAUUUGGGUGGCGGUGAUGAUCGGUCUGGUCAUUGGGUGGUCAUGGAGGCCGCGGUGGACUGGCCUGGUCUACCUUGGCCUCCGGAGCAAGUUUCGCUUCCUCUGGACGGCACCGCCUGGGUUCGGGGCUCGCCGCCUCUGGUUGGCUUUCACAGCGCUCUCCGCGUUCUCGGUUGGUAGGACGAUUUGGUCCAAUUUUAAAGUGAAGAGGAAAGGGCCGACUGCUGCGGCGGCUUCGAGUUCGCCGGCGGGGACGGCGCGAUUGGUGGAGGGAAAUGGAGGCGAUGUUAGUCUUGAUACUAGACCUGCAGAAAUAGAGCAGGAUAUUGUCACAGAAAAUGACUUGGAUCACCUUUUGCAUCUUCUCGAAAGGAAGGAUGGAGAAAUGUCAUGGCAAGGUAUGAUGGAACGGUCAACCCCAAAUAUGUCAUACCAAGCCUGGCGCCAUGAUCCCGAGAAUGGCCCCACUGUGUAUCGUAGCAGAACUGUAUUUGAGGAUGCAACUCCCGAGGUGGUUAGAGAUUUCUUCUGGGAUGAUGAGUUUAGACCUAAAUGGGACCCUAUGCUUGCUUAUUUUAAAAUCUUGGAGGAAUUCCCUCAUACAGCGACAAUGAUUGUCCACUGGAUAAAAAAGUUCCCUUUCUUCUGCAGUGAUAGAGAAUAUAUCAUUGGUCGAAGAAUUUGGGAGGCUGGGAAGACAUAUUAUUGUGUGACAAAGGGGGUGCCAUAUCCAGGGUUGCCCAAGCGUGACAAACCACGGCGUGUGGAGCUCUAUUUCUCAAGCUGGAUCAUCAGGGCUGUGGAAUCCAGUAAAGGAGAAGGAAUGUCUGCAUGCGAGGUGAUCCUUGUACACUAUGAAGACAUGGGGAUCCCCAAGGAUGUAGCAAAGCUGGGUGUCCGCCAUGGGAUGUGGGGAACAGUCAAGAAACUGCAUUCAGGUAUGAGAGCAUAUCAAAAUGCAAGGAAAACAGAGGCACCCUUGUCCAGAAGUGCACUGAUGGCAAGAAUCACCACAAAAAUUUCUUUUGAUGAAACUAGUGAUUCCUUAGAGCCCGCUUCUGGUGAAGAAGAAAAAGGUCAAGUGGUGGAUAUCCAAAGAAAGAAAGAUAAGGGCAUUGAUUGGAAAUGGAUAGUUAUUGGUGGAACUGUAGCUCUGGUCUGUGGACUUCAUACGGGUACAAUUGGGAAAGCCUUAUUAAUUGGUGCAGGGCAAAGGUUUAGGCGGAGGUGAGACUCAUUUAGCACACACUCGUCCUAGUUCUAUCCACAACAUUUAUACGGAUCCUAGCAAACCUAAGCCUCAUUUAUCAAUGCAUCAAUUGUUAUCAUUCAAGAUUGAUUGUAUUUUAAUUUUUUUUUUUUAUCAGUUUUGAGUGAAUUUAGUCUCUUUUUCUUGAA